AAUAAAUCAGAGAAGCGACUGUAGCGCGUCUCUCUAUCGCUCGGACCGCAGUUCCGCAGUGUGUGUCAUUCGAAUGCAAUCGAGUGCAACUGCUGUUCGGCGUACGAUCACACGGCCAUAGCUGGCAAUCAGCUGCUAGUGAGUGAUUAAAUUUAUUCGAAACCUCACCCCAGAACCAACGCCAACCAAGGCGUAAGGCACAAGGUACGAAGGCAAUACGGUUCAGGGGAGUCAAGUGACAACGCGCCUUGCAGCAACUACGAGGUUCGAUUUGCAUAAGAUUGAAGUGCACCACAUAGGACUAGGAGUUGGUAGCGUAUGGCGCACCACCGUCCGUGCAAUGGCCACUGGCUGUGGUUUCCUUUGAUGCUGACACUGAUGGUGAGUGCUAGCAGCGAUGGUCCGGGACUAGGACAAGAAGACGGCAAUGGUGGUUCGUGGUGGCAGCGGACGGUGUUCUAUCAAAUCUAUCCCCGCUCGUUCAUGGACUCGAACGGGGACGGUGUGGGGGAUCUGCGGGGUAUCCGGGAUCGGUUGGUGCACCUGAAGGAUGCCGGCAUCGGUGCCACCUGGCUAUCGCCCAUCUUUCUCUCGCCGAUGGUGGACUUAGGCUACGACAUUACGGAUUACACCGUCAUCCAGCCCGAGUACGGUAUGAUGCAGGACUUUGAGGCGCUGAUGGCCGAGGCACGACGGCUCGACAUCAAAAUCAUUCUCGACUUCGUACCGAACCACACGAGCGAUCAGUGUGAGUGGUUCCGGCGUUCGGUUGCCCGGGAGCCGGGCUACAGCGAGUACUACGUGUGGCAUGAUGGACGCGAGGAUCCUUCCGCUGCUAAUGGGACCCGUUUACCGCCGAAUAAUUGGCAAUCGGUGUUUUAUGGUUCCGCUUGGACGUACCACCCGGAAAGGGGCCAGUACUACCUGCACCAGUUCACGGCCCAGCAACCGGACUUGAACUUUCGCAAUCCGGCCGUAGUCGAGGAGAUGAAGCAGGUCUUGCGUUUUUGGCUGGGCAAGGGAGUGGCCGGGUUUCGCAUCGACGCCGUAAACCAUCUGUUCGAGGUGGAGGACUUUCGGGAUGAGCCGGAAACGGGCACUGACCGUGAUCCGCUUUCAUACGGCUUUACACAUCACAUCUAUACGAAGGAUUUGCUCGAGGAUUACGAUAUGGUGUACCAGUGGAGAGAGCUGCUGGACGAUUGGUCCCGGGAACACCCCCAAGACGCGGCUCGCAUCAUUAUGACGGAAGCGUACGCCAACAUUACCUUCACGAUGCGCUACUAUCACUCGUUGCCAGCGGAAGGCACUGGCGCCCGGGUCGGUUCCCAUAUGCCGUUUAACUUUUUGCUGAUCACCGAUCUGAACCGCGAUGCCAGCGCACCGGACUUUGUGUUUACGAUCAACAAAUGGCUCACGUACAUGCCGCGCGAUGCAACGGCCAACUGGGUGCUGGGCAAUCACGAUCAACCACGCGUCGGUACCCGUUUCGGGACGGAAAGGAUCGAUGCGAUGCACACGCUGCUGCUAACGCUGCCCGGCAUUGCGGUCACGUACUAUGGCGAGGAGAUUGGAAUGGUCGACUAUCGGGAUGCAAUCGCUAGUGGGCCAUCAUCACAGCGGGACGAUGAGGCCGGUGAGGCGUUCAUCGUGUUUUCCCGUGAUCCCGAGAGGACGCCCUUCCAGUGGGAUGAUACGAGGAAUGCGGGCUUCUCGGACGCUCCCAGCACCUGGUUACCGGUGAAUCCGAACUAUCGCGAGCUAAAACUGGAGGCGCAGAAGCGUGCCGAAAGAAGUCACUACAAAACGUACCGGGAGCUGGUCCGGUUGCGACAGCAUGACACGUUCCGGCGGGGAUCGAUGCUCCCGGUGCCCUACUCGAAUGACGUGCUGACGUACGUCCGGGAACUGCGCGGAAGUGACACGUUUGUGGUCGUGAUCAAUUUGGCUGCCAACUCAAGGACCGUGGAUUUGAGUGCCAUUUUCCCGAGACUAGCGGAGCGGCUGACGGUUGCAUCCAGUGCCUCUACCUCCGGCUAUCGUACAGGCGAUAUCGUCAGGACGAACCAGCUGCUAGUGGAUGGAAACGAUGGGUUGGUGCUACGGAGCAUCCACGUUCCGGAAAGGGAACGCGCUAAUGUUGGUUCCGCGCAGCGCGGUUCAACGAAUGUCCUCUGGAGUGCGGCAAAGGACGCUGCAGUAAUUGCGUCCAUCAUAAUUGCACUCGGUACCAGCUACUACCACUUCCGGCACUGCCCACCAGCCUUCAUUUGUGGAGGCAGCAAGUGAGCGCGCUGCUGAAGAGCCCUGGCUCGCUCGGUUAGCUGGCUCGCUCGAGUUCUGCCAAAUGCAAAAGUGGCACACUGAUGAGAGAGCAGGCACUGUAAUAAGAGUUUGUGUGCCGCUAGCCGUGGUGUGCGCUGCGCAAAUUAUCAUUAUUGUUCAUUUCACGGCUUCCGCCUCCUUGUGUGUGCGUUUUGUUGCGUUUGUGUGUUUUUGUCGUCGUCGUCGUCAUCGUCGUCGUCGGGCCGUCUAUCGUGUCCUGUUGCCAUAGCCGGCCUUAUUUAUUCAGAGUUUUUCCCCCGAACCACCACUCAUCGUACGCUCGUGGUGUACGCUAAUGAAUAGUGCAAAUUGAUGAGUCACAUUAGCGCUACGCAGAGCUACUAGCAGCCGUGGUCGUAGUA